AACCGACUUCUCCACCGGCGAUAGUGAGUUUCCACCCCCAUCGACCAUCGACGUCGCAACCCGUUUUCCAUCUGUCUGCAGCCACGCUAAUAGCAUCAACAGCACCAUGCCGGGAUAUGCUUUCCAACCAGCUGUUCAACCUCAGUAGUCGGGUUUCCCACCUACGCCGGGUCUCUUCUGACUCGAGCUUCACUGGGCUUCUCAACAUCUCAGAUAUCAUACAGACAUCCGAGUCUGUCAGAAUCGCCUCGGUCCAGGCCCUCGGUGCCUUAUAUCACCGUCUCGCCGCCGGACGCCCAGAUAUCCCCGAGCACCUUCCCAUUCCAAAGCCCCGCUCGCGGCAUGUGAGGCCCAUCUCGCAAUACUCAAGUAAUCCGUCAUUCGAUAAUCAUAGUGUCAUAUCUGAAGAUGAAGACGACAACGACGUUGAAGAGGAGGAGGAAGACGACGACAUGUCGACGACCAUGACCAUCAGCACCGACCAAGCACCCUUCCAAUCAGAACCGCCCUCACCUCCACCAACACCACCAACACCAAAAGCCAUCGCCAGCGACGCCGUCUCCAUCUUCGCCCCCUCGGAAGCAGACACAACCAGCACCACCGCCUCGGCCUUCCUCUGCCCCAAAGUCAGCGUUUUCAGCAUGUUCUGCCCAGAGGCCAUGACGCUGCAGGUCGACCUUUCCAAGCCGAUCCCCGACGCGCCCAAGAGGUGCAAGUGCGGCUACCGAUGGAACCCGCUGCUGCCCGGCAACAAGGACUAUAUCGUCCUCAAGGACGGCUUCCGCAUGUCGAGCCGGUUCCUGGCCAAGUCGCACUCGGACAGGAAUGUAUUUGCGUGCUGUCUCUGCGUGCCGACGGGGACGACGGAUAAUUACGAGUCGGCGGACGCGUUGAGGGCGCAUAUUAAUCUCUAUCAUCGCAAGUGGCAGAUCUUGCAUGAUCGAGAUAUUCACUAGGGAUUUUUCAUUGUGACGGGGUGUACUCGUCGACGGGGUGGCCUUUACCCUUGGCGUGCGGGCACGUUGAUCGUCUUCUUCACUUGAUUGGUGGCGUUUCUGAUACCUCUUGAUUUUACGAUUGGUUCUUCAGUUUGUACAGUGUGUUUUUUGUAUCGUAGGGCGCAAAGGAGUGUUCAGGUGAUUGAAAAGCCGGGAAGGGGUUGAAUACCACAGGAGCUAGGUAGGAUUGGACAUAUAUGAUACCCAUCGGGAAGAGAGCGCUCUCUCUUUUCGGAAUUUAAUUGGUUAAAC